CCGGAUCCUUCAGGUACUUCUCCUUCCUGGGAGCUAGGCUUCGGACGUCUCCGGACCCACCCUGGGGAAAAGAUGGGCUCAAGGACCAGACAGGACGCGAGUGCGGUGUAAGAUCUUUAUUGCAGAGGACUCCCCCGAUCCCUUGCUCUUAGCCCGUUAUAUACACUUACAAGAGCCCACCCCUCCGAGCCUCGUGAGACUCUGCGCCCCUCCCCUGUUCUAUCCUAGAGGCGGAGCCACCCCGUGACCGUCAGCUGAGCGUAACUCAGCAACCUACGGCCGGGGGUCUACCACGACCCUUCCUAGGAAGCCAGGGUCCAGGGCGCCCCUGUCAGCUAGGCUCUGCCGGUGAGUAUGAGAUGAUGGGUACACCCGGAGCCCAGAGAAGCGGAAAGACAGAGCGACUACCCUCCAGAGGCAAGUCAGUGUAGCAGCAGCGGCUGCAGGAGACAGGAGAUCUGGUGGAGGUGGGCAGUUGCUGGUAAAGGGGAAGAGGGAAGGCCACGCCAGUUGUGGGGCUGGAAGAGAGAGAAGCAGGAGCAGGAACAGCGGCAGCAGCAGCAGGAGAAGGACGAGGAAAAGCAGCAGCAGCAGCAGCAGCAGCAGCAGCGUAGUUCUCCAGCCUCAGUCCAACACGCUUGUACUCACAGCUUCACCCACGACUGCCAGUCACCGUCCCAGGCUCCGCCUCUUGCGAACCCGACCAAUGCUUGACUGCGGACGGGUGAGGGGAGACGUAUUGGGGUCGCAGCAGCUGAGAUACCGGGAAGUAGAAGGAGGCUGGAGGCUGGAGAAGCUCUGGGUUGGCCCUGGACACGAGCCUGCUUGGUUUUGCGGCGCCUGAGCUUCCCCGCAGCUAUGUGAGGGGCUGCAGCGGGGAUGGGAGCUGGGGACCCCCCCCCCCAGCGGCAGCGGCGUCUGCAGCGGCUGCUCGAGGUGGGUGCCUCAGCUGCUGUCUCACCCUGGAACUUCCCUCAGAACCUGGGGCCUCUUCACUCUGGAACAUCCAUUCUUCCCCUGAAGGCUUCUCACCCUCGAACAUCUCUCUGCAUGCUGGCCUCCUUCUCCCAUUGGAGAUCUUUGAAUGAUGUUUUGUAUUUAAAUCUACUGUAUUUCCCCUUUAAUAAUGAACUCUAAAAGUGCUAACAGAGAGAAGCAACAUUACCUGGAAGUUUGUAAUCCUGAGAAGCAAUGACACUGACCUCUGUGGAGCAAAGGCAGCAUGGUGUCCACCAUGACUGAUGGAGAUACAAGUAGACAAUGUGGACGAAUUUCUGCAAACCAUGGUUUAUCUGCUGUCUCCUGGCAGCAUUGACCAUUGUCCUUCUAGUCCUCAAUGUUAAUCAGUUAGAGCACUUGGAUCAUGAAAGUGUUUUAGCUACCGUCAUUGAUAGCAGCGGACAGGAUAUUUCCCCUCAAGCAACAGGAGUUGUCCGAAAGCCUUACUGCGGUUAUGAACAUCAAACCUUAUCUAAGAGGGAGCGUUUGGAAGAGGACUCUUUGUUGGCAGCCUUGCAGAGCCAUGAGCCGUAUGCGGAUUUGGUCCCGUUUAUGAAGAGCACUGACCCCUCCUCUAGCUAUUUUGUGAUAUUGAACUCUGGAGCUUUCUUCAAGGUGGGGAGCCAGCUUGAGGUGCUGGUUCAAGUACAGGAUUUCCAAGGGAGGCCCAAAAAGUAUGGUGGAGACUACUUACAGGCCAGAAUCCACUCACCCAAAUUGCAAGCUGGUGCAGUGGGAAGAGUUGUAGACUACCAAAAUGGAUUCUACAAAGUUUUUUUUACUUUGCUUUGGCCAGGCAAAGUGACUGUAUCUAUAGUUCUGGUUCACCCUAGUGAAGCAGUCCAGAUCCUUCAGCAUCUACAGGAGGUGAGGCCAGAUAGAGUCUAUUUUAAAAGUCUCUUUCGGUCAGGGAGGAUUUCAGAGACCACCAUAUGCAAUGUAUGUCUACCAGGAAACCUACCUGUGUGUAACUUCACAGAUCUCUACACUGGGGAGCCCUGGUUUUGUUUCCAACCAAAAAAGCUCCCUUGUAGCAGCAGAAUCAACCAUUACAAAGGAGGGUACCUCAAGGGUCUUCUAACCACCGCAGAGGGUGCUUUCUUCCAAAGUGACAUCAAUAUCAAAGUGCCAGUUCGCUCCAGUGGACCUGAUUGGGUGACUGUUAUUCCCCUAGGAGUAAAAGAAGCAAAUGACCCUGAACCCUCUCAAAGCAUGGAAAACUUCCCUUCUGGUUAUUAUUACAAAAACCAGUGGAGGCCUAGAAAGUUCAAGAUGCACCAGUUUAAUGAACCUGACAACAUUACAGAAUGCUUACAAGGAAAAAUGGUCUAUUUAUUUGGUGACUCUACCAUAAGACAGUGGUUUGACUAUCUGAUCACAUUUGUUCCAGAUUUGGUGGAGUUUAACCUGGGCAGUCCUAAAAAUGUUGGCCCCUACCUCGCAGUGGAUUUGAAACACAACAUUUUGCUACGGUAUCGCUGUCAUGGGCCUCCCAUCCGGUUCACUACUGUCUUAAGCAACGAGCUACAUUAUGUGGCCAACGAGCUGAACAGGAUCGUGGGAGGGAGGAGCACUGUGGUGGCCAUAGCCAUAUGGUCUCACUUCAGCACCUUCCCCUUAGAAGUUUACAUCCGGCGGCUGAGAAACAUUCGCCAGGCAGUUGUCCGCCUCCUAGACCGGAGUCCAAAGACUGUGGUAGUUAUUCGAACAGCCAAUGUCCAGGAACUGGGGCCUGAGGUUAGCCUUUUCAACAGUGACUGGUUCUCUUUUCAGCUUGACACCAUUCUAAGGAAGAUGUUCUCGGGGGUAGGUGUGUACUUAGUAGAUGCCUGGGAGAUGACACUCGCCCACUACCUGCCACACAAGCUGCAUCCAGACGUAGUAAUUGUCAAGAACCAGCUUGACGUGUUCUUGUCUUUUGUGUGUCCAGCGAAGACUUAGCUUUGCCCUUUGGGGAGUCCUUCUAGGGAGAGUGUUGGCAUUAAUUCAUGUGAAAAGUGUUUUGUACUUGUGUUCAUAUAGUUCCUGGGUCUGUCUUGGCAGAUGGACUUUCUAAGUAUUU